UUGCGGCCCUGAUAAACUAGGUUAUGACGUGUUAAAAUGCGACAUGGUACGUAACUAAUCCCAAUAUAUACCGCAUUCCAUUGUCGAUGAUGUGUGCCCCAAUGUUAUUUUGACUUAAUGGUGGCCUAUUAUUUUCAGCUUUUCUUGUCUGUGCUUGAAAGUGAACAUUGGUUUUGCGUGUGCAUAUCCCUUGUUGAGUCACGCGUUUAUAUUCUUGACUCAAUGAAGCACGCGGGACAAAACUUGGAUCAAUUGGAGCAAGUUAACAUUUUACAAAAGAAUCUAUUUGCACUCAUGAAGAAGAGACGUACGCGAAGUUCACGAAAUGAUUCCCGCAUAUUUGAAGUUGAAUAUGCGGAUGUGCCACAACAGACAAACUUCCAUGAUUGUGGAAUUUAUGUCAUGAAGUAUGUGGACCGUUGGGAUGGUCGAACUUAUCCUUCGACUGAACUUCAAGGAGGUCAUAUUCCAAACAUUCGUAAAAGGCUUUUGCUUCAUCUUUUCAUGGAUGAAGCAAAUAAGGAAAGAGACUCCAUAUUAAAAAUCAUCCCUCGGCGAUAAACGUAAGCAUAUUACUCUUACCUGUGUUUUUAUAGUUAAUGAUAUAAUUGUUUGUAACUGUGAGUAUAUCGGGA